AUGGGUAAGAACGAAAAUUUCAAGGAAACAGACAAUCCACAAAAAUUCUUCGAAGGUCUCAAUACAAGACCUCACGAUGAAGGAAUGGAAGAAUGGGAUACGACAAAUUACGUUAGUCAAGCUACUCAAAAAGAUUUUCCUGAAGAUGUUGGAACUUUUAUGCCAAAUCAUAAUGAUGCGAAGAUCUCGAAAGUUCCACCUCCUUCUCGUGUUAUUCAUUCGAUCUAUGUAAUUUCCAAAGAUAGCAAGACAAGAGAGGGACACGUGGGAUUUACUUCAACAAGCACAAGCUCAAGUUCUUCCAGUGUUCAAAUCUCAGAAAUAAGCCAACUCCGAACACCACCUAUUGGUAAGUACAGAUAUAAUUCAGGGGGAAUUGAUCAUACCAAGAUCUCAAAAGAAAGAGCAACGGCUCCUUCUCCAGUACAACAGCUUAGGAUGACUGGUAGACUGGGGUUUGAUUAUGUACCCACCAACCAAAUUUUGAAAACUCCUCCUAUACCAAGACAUGCUCAAUUGAAUACGAAUACUAGAGAAAAUACAGAUAUGUCUAUUCCAUUAAUUACUCAAAAUCAAGAAAGCAGUUAUAAUUGGACAAAUUCUAGAGAUGCGGUUGAACAGAAUGCAUAUGAGGAUAUUGCUGCCACUGGGCCAUAUGAAAGGAACACUCCUCCAUUGCGUGGAAUUGGGGUUGUUAAUGAGAAUUCUUGA